AUGGGCUUACCAAAGCCCUUGCCGAUGGGGAGCCUUGAGGAGCCGAUGAGCUAUGUGAAUGCCAGCAGAGAGCUGGAACAGGUGAAGGUGCCUGAAGAGCCCAUGGAGACGGAGGGUGCUCGUAUUGCCGAGGUGAUUAGUGAGAAGCUAGAGACGUUGAAGCUCGUCAAGGAUGACAGUCUUCGCGAAUCUCUUUCGGCCGAGGUCUGUGCCGAGGAAGCGGCCCAUCUGGUGGUUCUCCAGCAAAGCGGCAAGACGGCCGUGGUGCAUCAUAUUCCUGGAGAUGAGCAGUGGCGGUCGUUCUACCAGCCAAUCGAGGACUGCUCCAGCUAUACUCCGGAUGUUAUGAUGAUGAGCAAGAUGAAAGGCUACUUCCUCGACAUGGGUGGUCUGGUGGAGGAUCAGGAGGCAAUGCUAGCCAAGAAACAGCGAUUCAUGGGGGUGAAGCGGCUGAAGACAGAGCCUGCUCUCGGCUCUCUGGAGUAG